GGUUUUGCUCCUGGAGCUUUCCCUUGUCUUCCGGAGGAGGAGGAGAGAGAGGAAAAAAGAAUUCCAGAAAACAAUCCCAGAGAAAAGCCCGGGACGCGGGACAGAAACGGCGGUACCGAACAGAGCCAGACGCGCAUAAACUCUGGAGGUUGAGGAUUUGCCCUGCCUGUGAAUGAUGGUCCCAAACCUUAUGGCUUAUUUUCUCUCCAAGAGGGGCCUGUACCAUUCCUAACACCAGCAACCCCAGAGUUCAUUUUUUACAUAACCGAUGUGAAUGCGAAGCACCCAUGUGGACGGAGUCAGUUAAUUGGUUUACCUGGUGGUAAGGGGAUGGAUGGCUAGGAGAUCUGAAGACAGCAAUGCUUUUCAAUGACCACCUUUGACUAUACUUACGGUGUCAGUGUUGCCCACCAGGUUGGCGCAUUUAACAAGAGAGCUCUGGACUGACUUUGAUCAGCAGCGAGCAGUGGUCUGCUAUGGAAUCUGCUCGAACAAGCAGAGACCGAGAGAAGGAGAAAGUGGAAGAUACUCGACGACCUAAUAAGCAGACAACGCGGAGUCCCCAUGGCACUCGUCCUGGUUCAAACCAGUCAUCUGGCGUUCUUAUGGUUGGACCAAACUUCAGGGUUGGCAAAAAGAUUGGAUGUGGAAACUUUGGGGAGCUUCGAUUAGGCAAAAAUCUCUACACAAAUGAAUACGUAGCAAUCAAACUGGAACCCAUCAAGUCACGAGCGCCACAACUUCAUUUAGAGUACAGGUUUUACAAGCAACUUGGGAGCUCAGCUGAAGGAGUUCCUCAAGUUUAUUACUUUGGACCAUGUAGUAAAUAUAAUGCCAUGGUGCUGGAGCUGCUGGGGCCAAGUCUGGAGGAUCUCUUUGAUCUGUGUGACCGGACAUUCACACUGAAGACAGUGCUAAUGAUUGCCAUUCAGUUGCUGAACCGAAUGGAGUAUGUCCACUCAAAGAGCUUAAUCUACAGAGACGUCAAACCAGAAAACUUUCUAAUUGGAAGGCAAGGCAAUAAAAAGGAACACAUAAUCCAUAUAAUAGACUUUGGUUUAGCCAAGGAGUAUGUUGAUCCUGAUACCAAAAAGCACAUCCCGUACAGGGAACACAAGAGCUUAACGGGCACUGCAAGAUACAUGUCCAUCAACACUCACCUAGGCAAAGAGCAAAGCCGCAGAGAUGACUUGGAGGCUUUAGGACACAUGUUUAUGUAUUUUCUACGAGGCAGUCUCCCCUGGCAGGGAUUAAAGGCAGAAACAUUAAAGGAACGCUACCAGAAAAUUGGGGAUACAAAACGAAACACUCCGAUUGAAGUUCUCUGUGAGAGCUUUCCAGAGGAGAUGGCGACAUACCUCCGCUACGUGAGGAGGUUAGACUUCUUCGAAAAACCAGACUACCAGUAUUUACGCACACUAUUGACAGAUCUUUUUGAAAGAAAGGGCUAUGCUUUUGAUUAUGCAUACGACUGGGUUGGCAGGCAAAUACCCACCCCAGUUGGACCAAGUCAUGGGGAUCAUGGAGUAAGCAGAGAAAGCCACACACACCGAGAAAAAGCCACACAUCAGCAGCCACUCCGAAACCAGACAGGAGGAGCUGACCGCAGAGGAGCAUGGGAAAUUCAGCCUAAUCGGCAACAAAAUCCUUCAUACCUGACUUCCCAGCUGGCGUCUGACAGACACGGGGGCUCAGUCCAGGUGGUCAGCUCAACUAAUGGUGAGCUCAACGUCGAUGACCCAACAGCAGCACACUCCAGUGCACCAAUCGCAGCCCAACCAGAGGUGGAACUUUCAGAGGAUACCAACUGCAUCAAAGUGCUCAACAUGUGGUGUUGCUGUUUCUUCAAGAGGAAAAGGAAGAAGAAUGCAGAUAGGCACAAAUGACUGCAGCUCUCGAGGGAUGGCGAGGUUCUGCUUGCAUGUUCAACUCCCUUUGUUUUGGAUGAAAAAGCCACGUGACUGGUUGAGAAGCUUCAGACUCUGAUCCUUGUUUUGUAUAAUUAUUAUAUUUUGCCUGUGCCUGCGUGUCCUCCGCUGGGAAAGGAUCCUUUUAUUUUCCUUCAAAACACUCAGGCUCAAUUGCACUUCUUACCAUGAUGACCAAAUUCCCACAAGAGAGAUGGCCAGACAGACGCAGAUGCAAAAGUCCUGGGGCUUCUCACUUUUCCUGGCCGCUGUUUGGGGGUUGUAGGGGUGGGGGACGGGAGGUGGCAGUGUGGUUUGGAGGGGGUAGGUGGUGAGGAGACUGGGCACUGGCAGCCCCUCCACACCACCAUAAAUCGCAAUGAACAGCAUGGCGAAAGACUCCCUCUGGGUGCAAAUAGACUCUUCAGUGCCGAGCUGCCCACCUAGAGGAAUGAGGAGUCAGCCAAACUGACAAGGGCAGAUACAGGUGCAUUUGUCGCAAAAAAAAAGUAGUUGUUCUAUUUUGUGAUGUAGCAUAUAAGCUGUGAGAAAUUUUAAAAUCUACUGUUUUUCUCUGUUCUCCCACCCCUUCCUCCACCUCGCUAUUCAACCUAUUCUCAACCUUGUUUGCAACAUUUGGGCUUUGGCCAUUGUAAAUCGGCUGAAGUAAUUUUUACAAAAAAAAGAGAGAUGGGCUCUUUUGCUUUCUUAAGGUGCACUUAAUGUGGGGGUGGGGGGUGGAUGAUAUGCGCGUGUGUGUGAGAGUGUGCGCGUGUGUGUGAAUGUCUGUGUCGCUGACAUCCAGAAUCGAUCAAACACAGUGUGGAUUGUGAACACGCACUGACUGCUGCAGUAAUUUCCAAGCUGGUACUGCCACUUUUAAAUAUGCUUUUUUUAAGUUGAAAUGUUUGAUGGUUAUUAUCCAAAGAGCACUGUGUUUCUCUGGAAACAUUACAAAGUGAAAACGGCAUUAAUUCUCUCCCUGUCCUCCGCCCCAACUCCCUACUCUUCCUCACCCCCACUUCUCUCUGUCAGUCCCUCCAUUCCCCUAAGAUUCAGCAAGUGGGAUACCUACAAAUGUCACACGCAGCAGAUCUCAGAGCUACGGCGUAUCAGUUGCCAAAAUAAAUUGACAGCAUAUUUACAUAUGCUUUGGGCAGUUUUCACAGGGCAAAAAGAAAGUAGGUAUGAGCACUGCAUGUGUGGUGAUGUCUUCCUAAAGGGGACACACUUCUUAAUCUGGCCAGGUGACCUGGAACCUUUUCUCUGACCUGUCUCCCUCAUUGUGUUCGAUGUAGGAUUUGCUCAUCUUGAUAGGGUCCUGGCGAGUGGCAUUCUUUUCAUUGCGUGCAAGCUGCAACUUGAAAAGGAUUGAAUUCAUUGGGACUGUAGCAGAUACUCUGUGUUUUGACCAAAUGUGUGGGGGAGUGUGUGGUGCAGGUAGUGUUUUGUGGGUCUGGGAGUUGGGUUUGUUGGGUCAUGGUCAUGGUGGGUGGGUAGGGUUUACAGAGGAUUACCCCUCUGUGAUGUAUUCAGAAAUCAGAUGCUUAAGCAACUCCGUACCUGCUGGUCAGUGACUGCGGAGGUUCCUGCUUAAGGCAGCUGUAUCCUCAGGAAGCUGCAAAGUGCCUGUGGCUUUACUUACCCUCCUUGUGCUGUGCCUGAGCCCCCGAAGGCUGGGCACUGGAGGUGAGCACAUGGAAAUUAAUCAUUUUGCCAGAAGUGGUCUCCUAAUUCUCACAUGGGUUAGAUAGCUGGGUUGAGGCGAAUUGUGAUGACUAGGGACGUUAGCACUGCAACUAAGCUCCAAGUCUGGACAUAAAAUCAGUGGGUCAUGGCAUGGUUAAGUGACCAGAAUUAAUUGACCAUACCAUAACUAAUGGCCGAAGCUGGGUACAAUUCAGUUAAAUUUCUCUAUAGCAAUGUGAACUCAACCAAAGUACUUCCAAAAUGCAGUGAAGCUCAUCCAAGCCUGAAUCAUCCUAGUCAAAUCAUUUGACUGUACACAUUAACUCUAACAUCAUUGAGCCCUGGUUUCUCCCUGUGAAAUCUACAGAUUGAAGUGAUGCAAUGUCACUGGACAUCCCUGCUCACUUCUUACAUUCCAAGUGACCCUGAAGAGGUAUCUAGAGGCAAGUUCAUUCUUGAAUGUGUCUUAAAGACUCAUUAUCUGCAGUUAUCUUGGUUCACAACAGGUUGUACACCAGGCACUAGAAAACCUUUACUCAGGUCUGUCAGUUACCUGAGUGACAAAAAGCUCCUGACUAUCCAGUAGACUCUGAAUUGGCUGCUGAUCGUAGUAACCAGCAAAGCAUUGAUCAAACAGUAUAACAAGUUAAAUGUUCCAGCGUGUGGAAAGGCUGGUGUUGACUUGCCACAUGCACACCUGAAUCUGUCCAGGAGUUUUGAUAUGGGAAGAUAGAAACAGGAAACCUGCUCAGGGUGUCUGAGAGGAAGCAGUCUUCUCUUUCAAGAGUUGUGUAAGCUAUUUGAAUCUCCUUUUGUGGUCUCAUCAUGCAAAAUGUUAACAUUGUUAUUGGUUCAAUAUUCUGCUCUUUUUAAAUUCUGAAACAAGCUGCUGGUUUUUAAUUACCAGAUUGUGCAGCAACACUGUUUUAAUUGAUUGUCAAAAUAUAAUUAUUUUAAAUUGUCUCCUUUUCUAUGGGGAUGCAGGGAGGUGGGGAAAUGCAACUUCUUGAAGGCCGUAGUCCCAAUUUUCUGAACGAGAUUUUGUUCCUUAAAGUGGUAAAUUCCUCAGGACAGUAACUUAACGCACUUCGGAAUGUUGGCAUUCGAAGGAGGUAUGAAGGCUCUAAGACCUGAGAAGCUAUUAGCAGCCAGUGGAUUGCACUGAAUAUUAACCGGUUAGAAUAUGGAAACCCAGAUUUAAAAACAGUCUAUGUAGACCGUUCCAGUUUGACUUAUCCAGUCCUUUAUCCAGGUUUCCUCUUGCUGCUGUCACGUUGACUUGUUUGUGUGGAUAACUCCAGAUGAUUUGUUUACUCAAAGUACAAUCUAUUCUUGAUUCAAAACUAUGUAACUUGAAUUAUGUUGAUGCAAAUUGUACAUGAAUGCAAUUGCCUCUUGUGCAAUUUUAUUUGACUUACUUCAUUCAAACCACUGGUUAAUUGAAACUCUUUCCAAGCAAAGUGCAAACUUGAAUGACCAGAAGCAGACUGCACUUGAGGUGUUCUGGCAUGUACCUCACACUUAUAUUAAUUCUCUUCUUAUUUAACCAUUCUGUGCUGUAACUUUAAAAAAGCUUAAGGUAUUUUGUUAAAGUAGUUGAUAGAGCAGCAGAGAGAGGGGAAGAGCUUAGGGAGAUGAGAAAGACACCACCUCAACAGCAAAAAAAAAUGCAUUAUACUGACACACCACAUUGACAGGGCUCUGCUUGUAAUGAAGGGAGAUUGGGGAGUGCUUCCUAAGCCAGUGCUUGAAUUUUAAUUGGUCACAGUCCCUUGCGUGUCUCUGCCAGAUGUGGUGGCUUUGUUGUCCUUACUAAGAGCCCUAGAGCAUGGCUCACUUUGUUAGUGCAGUGCUGGUAAACUCAGAGCAUGCGAUGCCUUUUCGUCUCCUUUGCAACCAAGUCAGAAAAGUUAUAUUUUCCAGGAGACACCUCUGCAAGAAGAGAAACAAUGAUUGUACGCUUCAUUAGCUGCAAUUGAUCUUCUACUUGUCAUUUUGGAGUAUUCCUUACAGUCUUAAGAAUUUCAAUCAAAUUUUAUUUUAACGUGUGUUUUGUGGAAAAUUAUAAGUCUUCCCAAAAACUCAAUGCUUUUAAAAGCUCCUUUAAGAUCCUUCUGUUGUUCCUUUUAUUAAAAGGUACAAAGAAGCUAAACAUGUAUGCCAUUUGGAAAAUACACUUGGAAAAGAGAUGUAAUGUCUCCUGAUGAGCUGCUGGAGGAAAACAUUGUUACAUACAGAGCAACUCAUAAACUACCGUUCCAAAAUAUAGAUGAGUAUCACAUUCCAGUCAUGGAACAUAUUAUGAAAUGGAAAGCUCACACAAAAAACAAACACUGGGAAUUAUCGCUAAAGAAACUGGCCAGCUCACUUCCUUGAGGACACCUUUGGUGUCUGUCUCAAAUGCUCUUUCCAUCUUAAGUGUUAUGUUUCCUGUUUGGGUUAAUCAUUCCUGAAUGGCCCUGUUGGGAGAAGCUUGGAACUACCUGAGGUAAUACGUCAAUUUUUUUUGGAAAAGGCAGUUACGUAGCUGUUGACUGGUGAAGUACAAACCCAUUAUAGACUCCUUAAUAUUUGGUUGUUUGGAACUUUGAUCACUGCUGUCAGAACUCAUACUUGAACAUGAUUUAGCGAUAUAGUGGAGUCUAUAAUAUCCAGUCACAUCAGGAGGAAGCCUGCCCUGAAUCUCCUUACAAUGCAGCUUUCAGGUGUAUUAAUAUUUGAACGAGACAACAUUGCAGGUUUGUCUGACUGCGCAUCUCUUUUUCUCUCCCUGUCUCUGUCUCUGUGUCUCUCUCUCUCUCUCUGUCUCUCCCUCUCUCUGUCUCUCCCUCUCUCUGUCUCUCCCUCUCUCUGUCUCUCCCUCUCUCUGUCUCUCCCUCUCUCUGUCUCUCUCCCCCCCCCCUCUCUGUGUGUGUGCCUCUCUCUCCCUCUCUGUGUGUGUGUGUGUGUGUGUGUGUGUGUGUGUGUGUGUGUGUGUGUGUGUGUGUGUGUGUGUGUGUGUGUGUCUCUCUCUCUCUGUCUGUCCCCCCCCCUCCCUGGUCUCUCUCAGUGGCUGCUUUGUCAGGAACAGGCUCCACUAAGUACUGCCCUAACAUUUCCUAAAGGGACCCAAACCAGUGGGUUUGACCUGGUUGCUUAGGCAGGAAGGCUUAUAUUUAAUCAAAAUGACUGGAGGAUUAGGUUUCACUAUCAAUGAGACUUCCUUUUAUUCAUUUUGCUCUGUCCUUGAGCGUGUGAGUAAAAGCUGUGUUUUUACUCUUUGUGGUCUUGUAAAUAUAGCACACAUUUGCUUACUGAGCAUGAGUUUCUAAAUAAAAUUCUCAAAAUGCUAGACUGUAAUAAUUACAAAAAACAACAACCAGUUUUGGUUUGUUUUCUUGUUUUACAACUGUUGCUGUUUGCGCUGCAUGUUCUGUAUCCGUGGGGAAAGGUUCUCAGGAGUUGGCCACAGUUUUGUUUUUGUAUAAAAUACAACUGUGGUAAUCAUUCUUUUAAAAAAGAAAUGAAUGGUUAAACAUGUCUGUCCUUUUUCUUGCUAAAGUAACCUUUUGUUCCUACUUUCUUUUUAAAAAUUGAGAAUUAAAUAGUUUUGUUUGUGCAGUCCUGGCACCAGCCUAAGCUUACAUGCUGUCAACAAUUAAGCAUUACGUUAUGAGAUGGGGAAGCUCUCUUUCUAAAUUGACUGGACGUGACAGCCCCAAGUAAGGAGCAAACCUUUAUGUUGACAGUCCCAUGAUAGCACAUUCUGGGAAAUGCCAUCAAGUUUACUACCAAUUUGAUCUUUCUCCUGUUUUCUUUUGAAAGACCUUUUGAUGUGUUGAUGAUUCAGCCCUAAACUCUGGACGGACUUAUCUUCCUUUCUGAACUUUGUUUCAGCACUCCAAUCCAGAGUGCAUCACCGAUGUAGACCAGUCUUCAAUAGAUAGUUUGCCUCUUGCCAAGCUCAGAUGGAUGGGUCUGUCCAGUGUUCAGCCAUUUGUACACCACUUCACCAGAACGACUUUCCACCUCAAGGCCCGUCAUCUCCAAGCAUUUAUGGAGUCACUGCCAGCACAAUGUGUUCACUUUGUCCUAAAUCGCCUUCCUGUAUUUCUGCAGAGUGCCUGAUUCAGUGCAUUAACUGAGAUCCAGUUGUCCUACUAAGAUGUAGCAUUUGUUGGGUGGGGUGAAAGAAGAAAGGGUAAAUUUUUUUGCUUUAAAGUGAGUGUGAUUGACCAUUACCACAAUAUUUCUUGAAAUUUUUUUGUGCUCGUUAAAGUACAGGGUGCCAGCACAGGGGAAUAAUGGAGCACUACCAUUUCUCUCCCCUCCCCACCUCUCUCUCUCUCUCUCUCUCUCUCUCUCUCUCUUC